AUGGCAAAGCAAAAGCAUAAGAAUUCAAAUGCUGUGGAAGAAGAGGAGGUGGAGGAAGAUGAUAAAGAAGAGAAUACAGACUUGAAUAGGAUCUCCCUGGAAAGCACUUUUGAAACUGAAACCCCAGAGGUGGCUGGGGGUGGUGAACAUCAGACCCCAGAGGGGGAGAGCAACAGGCUGCCCCUGUCUGAGGAACCGGAUGGCUCCCACACUGUCACCUGCACCUUCACAGUGUCACUAGCUGUCCCUGCCCUGCCUACAGGACAAGAGCGGAAGAAAUCCAGUCCCCCUGAUGAGCAAGGGAAGACAGGUCAAGCUGAUGAAUCAGGAGCUGCUCCACGAAAGCAAUGUCGCUAUCGCACGGAGUGCUUCCUUCUGCCGGAUGACCUCGAACCCAGAAAACUGGAUUUGGUGGUGUCUGGGGCAGUUGCAAAGCUAUUUACAGAAUCUGAUACCAAGGCUAUUACACCCUGGGUUGAAAAUGACAAGAUGUGGAUAUCCUGGAGCCAUAGUGUUGAUAUCGAUGUCACUAAUGAAUAUCUGAUAAAACUGAGAGAUCACAAAAUAUUUUUGCAAAUCUGGGAUACCAAGGGCAAAGCUUCCUCAAAAACAAAGCUUAGGAAACCAAAUGUUAUUUCUUCACUAGAAGGGGAUGAAGAGGCUGUUGAUGGGGUAAAACACACAGUGCUACUGCAAAGAAAAUUGUUUGAAGAGAGUCAGCCAGCACCCAGCCGUACCAAACUCAAAGCAGCAAAGGAAUCCAAGGCACAGGAGGAGUCCUCAGCCCUUCCAUUUGCAGCAGAAGAACCUGAUCUGAAUGGACGAGCAACAUCUGACUGUGCUUCGCCACAUCCAUCAAGACCAGCUGACUUGCGUGCAGUGAGAAGUGUGAUGUUUGCAAAAAUUCUGACACGUGAAGCAGACAAAACAGCCACCACGAAUGGUACAAGGGGUUCUGGCCGUAAAGGGAACAUUGAGUCUCCCGUGGAAAAUCCUGACGUGGCUUCCCUGCAGCUGGACCUCAUGCCUCUGCUCGCAGGUGAAAAAUCGGUGAUUGGUCAUCUGGAAGAGAACAAUCCUAAAGUUUUAGAUGCUUACAUGACUUUCACUGUGGAAACACCUCUUCUCUCUGAGAGACAGAGACGUGAAUUGAAUCCGCUCGUGAUAAGGAUUAAUUCUGCUACCUGCCUCCCAAACACACCUGUGCCAAUCCAGGUGCUGCAGAGACUGUGUAUUCCCACCUACUGCAAAUACAAGUUUCAUAACUUUCCACCUCAUCAAACUCAUGGACAAGUCCAUGGAACUCACGUCUACUUUAAGGACAUUAAUGUACUGCUAACGGGGACGAUGAAACCUGGGGAAUUGCAGAGGUGUCUUAGAGGUCCACCUUUGGAGAUUGAAGUUCACGACCGGGAUAGAAACAUGGAAAACAACAUAAUAAAGCCCUGUUUGUUUGGGGAAGAUGAAGCAGAUGAGCACGUGGGCAAGGUGAGCUUCCUUGCUUGCAAAUCCACAAGCUCUGCUCAGCUCCAGAUACAGCUGCUUUUGGUGAGGAGGAUAAAAAAAAGACAGAAUCAGUGA